UAAAGGAAAACAUAUUUAUAAAUAAAAAAUAUAAAAUCUUUUGCUUAAAUAUAGAAUGUCAACAAAUACCACACGCCGUAAUGUUAUCAUAACCGAUUUGGAUCAAUCGGAUAAUGAACAGCGACAAAUGGAGGAGAAUCAUCGUAAAGCUGUUUACAAGAAACGCUCAAGAGAAAAACAAUUACAAACAUUGUCAGGAAAUUUUACACGACGCUCCCAGAGUGCUGAAUGCAAGCCACAGGAAAGACUGACGACAGCAGGAAAGGAAAACACCGGAGGUGGUGAUAGGCCAAAUAAAAAUGUGAAACAUGUUAGCUAUUUUCAUGAUUUGCUCCAGUCAAAGGAUCAACAAAUGGAAAAACUCCUUCAACGUUUGGCAACAGUGCAUAAAUUUAAUGAACAAUUUGCCGAUGAAAAUCAACGUCUUCUCAACGAGGCCAAAACGCUGCAACAACACAUAUCCCAUUUACAACAACAAAUAGCCAAUUGUGACAAAUGUCAACGUCUGGAAAACGAUCUGAGGAAAAGUGAAGAGGAUAAUCGUUUAUUGUCUGCCGAUGUAAAUAUGAUGAAGACCCUAGUCUACCGUUUAAAUGUACAAAUUGAACGUUAUCAAGAUGCACUGCGCCAAACGAAAUUAGCUUCCGAGGAAACUGCAAAGACUGUAACCACCUCCGAUCCAACGAAAUCUUCUUCCAUUUCUCAGUGGCAAGAGGAGCCAAUACGCAAUCAUACAUUGGCGCCUCUUUUACAGUCGUAUGAUGAAAUGAUACGAGACAAAGAAGAUUUAAUCCAGCAAUAUACUCAAGAAUUUGAACACUUUACCGGCGAAUUGAAAACCGUUUUGGAGGAGAAUAAUCGGCUACAGCAACAGGUGGACUCGCUUAAAAGAGAUGGCGGCAAUUGGCGUGAAGAACGUGCACGACUUCAGGCCCAGCUAGAUAUUUGCCGGCAAAAGGCUGAAGCCCAAACGCGCAAAACCGAUUUGGCCAAAGAGAAACUUGUGGAAGUAAUGCAUUGUUAUGAGCAGAAAAUACAAACAUUGGUCCUGGACAUGGAACAUUUACAAAAUGCCUACACAAGAUGUAAAGCCGAAUUGGUGUCUCUAAAAAGUAUAGCUGCCCUUCCCCAAGAUACCAUUGCAAAUUCCCUCAAAGAAUGCAAAGAACUCUUGGAACAACUACGACAACAACACAGUAAAGAGAAAUAUUCGCUGGAGCGAACAAUUGGUGAGUUAACCGAACGACAUGCUGGCGUCGAUCAUCAAGUGCAAAAACUGAGAGAUGAAAAUUCAAAAUUAAAACAAGAACUGGAACAACACUCAGCUCAGACGGAAGAGUUGCGCAAACGCAAUGUUUCACUUCAACGCAGCACGGAGAAAGUGAAAAGAUCACGUGAUCGUCUGCGAGCACGUCUGCGUAUAGCGUUACAGUGGGCUCAAAAACUGGAAGAGGGUCAGGCAAAUUUGCAAAGUACAUGGGAUGCUCUCAAACGUUUGGAAACCAUUGUCAAACACAAAGAGUCUCAAGUUCGGGGGUUACACGCACGCCAUCUGCAAGAGAUCGAUAAAAUGGAAAAGAAAUUGGCACAAAAGGAGGAAACGAUACGCACUAUUUUAAGAGAUCGUCUUAAUGUAAAUUCAACGGAACAGCGAUAGCAAUAGUUCCUGUUUCAUGGAACAUAUUAUAUAUAAUUCUAGUCAAUUGUUAGUUUAUGUUUAUAACGUUUUUCAGUUU